AGCUGGGCACCAACUACUCUGGGAGCCACUGCUGCUCUUGCCCAGGGCACCCCCAGUCCAGCAGCCAUGUCCCAGACCCAGGCAGGGAAGGUGCGCGGGAGCCUCUUCUGCGUCCUGGUGGGCAUGGUGCUGGCCACGGUGGCCGUGGUGACGGACCACUGGGCCGUGCUGAGCCCCCACCUGGAGCACCGCAAUGUCACCUGCGAGGCGGCCCACUUCGGCCUCUGGAGAAUCUGCACCACGCGAGUCGCUGUGGACACCCUGGAGGACAAGAGCUGUGGCCUCGCCAUGCUGUCGCGGGAGAAGAACUGCUCCUACUUCAGACAUUUCAACCCAGGCGAGAGCUCGGAGAUCUUUGAAUUCACCACUCAGAGGGAGUACAGCAUCUCGGCCGCGGCCAUUGCCAUCUUCAGCCUGGGCUUUGCCAUCGUGGGCACGGUGUGUGCGCUUCUGUCCUUUGGGAAGAAGCGGGACUACCUGCUGCGGCCUGCCUCCAUGUUCUAUGCCUUUGCAGGCCUCUGCAUCUUUGUGUCGGUGGAGGUCCUGCGGCAGUCGGUGAAGCGCAUGAUCGACAGUGAGGACACGGUGUGGAUUGACUACUACUACUCCUGGUCCUUCGCCUGUGCCUGUACCGCCUUUGUCCUGCUCUUCCUGGGUGGGCUGGCCCUCCUGCUCUUCUCCCUGCCUCGAAUGCCCCAGAACCCCUGGGAGUCCUGCAUGGAUGCAGAGCCCGAGCAUUAGCCUCCAGGAAGCCCAGCCUUAGCCCAGAACAUUCUACGAAAGGUGUGGGAGUUUUUACAUCUGCCCAAACCCCUUCUGUCUCACCAGAGCUGAGCCCAGACAUAUUAGGGCCUGUAGGUGCAGCGGUGCUUGGAGGGGCCUCACCUUCCACCCACCAAGGCCUAGUCUGUCCCACUGGGCCACUUGUCUAUGACAACUUGGCCCCAGACAUCUUUUAAAAGCUUCCAGGAACACCUUGUUUUCAUUCGCCAGCUCGGAGCCCCAUAAAGAGUCAAGUUCUGUCUCCUUCUGGGUAACAAGGUACAAGGUCCUCUGUGAACCAAACUCCCCCCAUUGGCUUCCAAACACCCUGAGCAGCAUUUCUUACUUGCUAGAAUCUGUCUGUGUUUUGAAAUAAAAGCUCUCAGACGCC